AUGGACAAACUGCCCACCCACACCGCCCAAAUCCUAGCGACCCUUCCUGAGGAUUUAGACUUAAUGAAAAUGGCUGAAAUAGCCGACAAAAUCACUGAAGCUAAAGCCCUCAAUAGCAUGCACAUCCCCGAACCACACGGCACCCCCGUCGACGACUUAAUAAACAAGUUGCAACAGCAAAUUAACAAGUUGUCAAUUCAACUAGAUCGUCUAAGCAGAGAGCGUUCGCCCCCAGCUCACAACUUAUACAAGUCACACCGGCGCAGGCAACUAGGCGAUGUACUAAGCCGUGCCUGUUCAAAGCCCAGCCGGCAUCUACAUAUAAACAGCAGGCGGGAAACGCCAGCCCCAACAACGCAUGAAGACGGUGUCUUGGGGGAGACAGAAUCAACCGUCUCUUUUAUGUUCGGGACAAUCCCAGUGGCCGCAGAAGACAUCCAUAAGACGGCGAUCACAACUCCUUCUGGUCUGUAUGAAUUCCUUCGAAUGGCUUUUGGGCUUCGAAACGCGUCACAAUCGUUUCAACGUCUGAUCGACGAAGCACUACGUGGUUUGUCGCAUUCGUUUGCCUACAUCGAUGAUCUACGUGUAGCAAGCGCCAACAUGGACGAACACGUGCUUCACACCAAGGACAUCUGUGUUCCUUCUUUAAAUAAUUGUGAUUUUGUUUUCGUAAGACAAGACACCCUCAAGAAGCCACUGACACCCAGCUACUCAGGUCCAUUUCGAGUUCUCUCUCGUCAUACCAAGUUUUUCACCAUUCAGCUCAGUAGUGGUCAAUCGAAUAUCUCGAUCGAUCAUCUUAAACCAGAGUACAUUGAGCAGAAUGUUACAAUCAUCACCACCACCUAG